GUUGGUCAUGCUUUCGUAAGGAUCACCCGCAAGACCUUGAGUGAGAGGGGCCGGUGUAUAGACAAGAUGGGUGGGUGCAAGAACUCAGACGGGUGAAGUUGGUUCUGACAUCACCACGAGAACAAGGUGUACCUUGAUGUUGUAGCUGCAGCCAUUAUCCCAAGCAUGAACAAACUGGGACACGGCAUCCUUCAGUUGGCAUGGAAACCUGUAGUGAAGUCUCUUCGGAUUGGAAGCAAGAAACUAUUUUCCAAGAAAUACCUGCUGUAUACUAACACUGCACUGACGGUAGGCUCUGCCACACGGGAUGUUGUCCAGCAGAACUUUCAGAUCUGCCAAAACAAGAACAGGGUAUGGGACAGGACUCGAACAUUUCACGUGUCCUGCACCGGGUUUCUCGUGGGGCCGGUCUGUCACUACUGGUACAUAUUCCUCGACCGAUGGCUGCCAGGGAGGACUCUCCGGAUUGUGUUCAAGAAAAUUCUUAUGGAUCAGUUGGUUUGUUCACCCAUGUUUAUCGGAAUGUUUCUCCUAAGUUUAAAUUACAUGGAAAGUGACUCCUGGGACAAGGCCAAGCUGGACUUGGCUGAAAAGGGCAAAACAUUAUAUAUUGCUGAUUGGAUAGUUUGGCCACCAGCGCAGCUGAUCAACUUCCUGUUUCUGCCUACAAGAUAUCGUGUAUUAUAUGACAAUACUAUUGCAUUUGGAUUUGACUGUUACUUUUCGUAUGUGCGUUAUGAUAAAAUAUAUCCAGACAAUGACCACACCCGUGAAGCAGAGGGUGGGGACACUGGAGGUGUAGCCAAACUGGACGAGGAAGUGGACCCUCUGCUGCUGCAUGUGAAUAGUGACAUGCAAUUAGAAAACUGGGAUAAAGGGGAGUCUGUGUCAGGAGACUUAUGUGAACUAUACAUAUUUUCAUGAGCUCAGUGCUGGUGUUAUGUCAUGUUCAGGGGCUGGUCUCCUUGAAUUCAGCAUCAAGAGCAUCAGCUACACUGUAGUUACAUGAAGAAUAUUUAUUUCUUUAUAUUUAUCUUUAUCAUGUUUUUAAGAUAUAUUUCUUGAAAUACUGCUUCACUGCUUCACUGGAAACCACUUGAUGGACUGUUAGCAUGUGUUUCUCAUCCAAGCUAGUCUGCCUGUAUCACAUGUCACCACAGCUAUCACAAGGAUAAGAUCUCCAUCCCCUAACUGUCAAGUGCCUUGAGAUUUUGUUGUUACAUCAUUAUCAUGGAACGCGUACAAUGAUGUUUCUGUUGUGAAGGAUGUUGACAAUUGUUUUCUGUUAUUAGUAUUUAUCAUUAAGCUUUUAUUUGUUGCAUAAAGAUUUUAUAUUUAAGAGAGUAAAUUCUGUAUCAUGAGAGAUUGUUAUUCAGUGGUGACUGGUCAGCAUGUCUGUGUUCGUGUUUCCCUACACCAACACUGCUGCUUGGUACACCAGAGUCAGGUGCCAUAGUGCAGUAUGUUGGAUGCCAGGAAAUGUGACACACAGAUGGUAAUACUCAGGUUUUCUUCCUGCAGAUCGUGACAAAUGAAUAAAUUAUUUAGCUCAAAA